UCUGGGAGCGGAGGGGCGUGGCUCACCUGAGGGGGGUCCGGCGGCCGCGGCCCCUGCUCUCCCAGAACGCUUUGGGCAGCAGCCAUGGAGCAGUCAAAGGAAGGGACCCAUGCGGCGCUGGCAGGAGCGCUGCUGCUGUUGUUGCUGUGCUCCGGGGCUGAGUCUCGGCCAGAUAGUUGCCAGUUGCCCAAAGUGGUGGGCCGAUGCCGGGCAGCGUUCCAGAGGUGGUGGUACAAUGCCACCAGCCAGACGUGCCAGAAAUUCAUCUUUGGAGGCUGUAGAGGCAACCCCAACAACUUUUUAUCCGAACAAGACUGCCUUCAGGAGUGUGCCACAGGUGGAGAAGUGGAGGCACCAGUGACCCCCGGCUGGCCAACAGAAGAGACGAUGUCCACCACUAAGGCUACAUCCAGGUCUGGUCACCGUUAUGAGCCAGGAGAUGACAGGGUUGGCUUCAAAGAGUACUGUGCUGCACCCAGGACAGUUGGUCCCUGCCGUGCCGCCUUCCCACGGUGGUACUUUGACAUUGAGACUCAAGCAUGCAAGGCGUUCAUUUAUGGUGGCUGUGGUGGUAACAAGAACAACUACAUCUCUGAGGAUCACUGCCUGAGCCAGUGCAAUGGAAAAGGAGAGAUCACUGAUGAGUCACCUGAUGCUCCCACCAACCAUGUUAACCUCAUAGACCCUCUGAUUCACUCCACCAGAGCUGUGAUUCUGUUGGUGGUCCUGGCCAUCAUGUCUGCCAUCCUGCUGGGAUCCAUGGUGGUCUUCUUUGUCAAGAUCUGUCGGAGGAGCCAGGAGCUCUCCCUGGGGACAGUGUGGAGCACACUGGAUGACAAGGAGUACCUGAUGAGCAACGCCUACACACUCUGAGAGCACAGCCUGGCUGCUCUCUCUGUGAGGAUGUGGCUGGGGCUCCAGCUGCCUGUAAAUAAUACAAAAAGCGGGGGGACCCUUCUCACCUUGACUCAUCCCUCUGUAGAUCCACCUUUGUAGGAACACUCUUGGAUCAUAAAUAUUUCCUGGGAAGGGCUCCUUCUCUCAUGAUGAUGAUGAUGUUCAUAUCUGCCCAAGGGCUUGUUUGGAAUUCAGCAGAGCUUUUGGUAUGUCCUUCACCAAAGGCCUUGGAGUGCAGAAGUGAGGGAGGGUUCUGUUGUCCUCAGAGGUCCUUCACAUCAAUCCCCUGUGGUUGUUUGCCUCCCUUGUGGGAAGAAAGGACACACAGUGGGGCUACAACUGUAAAGCAGAUGGGACUUAAGCAUGUGCCAGAGCCACCUUCAACUCUUUCUGAAAUGUGCUGCAGCCAGACUUGCAGUGAGGUGGGUCAUAGCCUAUGUAGACUAUACCUUUCCUACCCUAAGAAGAAGAAAAAGCUAUUGGUUUUCCCCAGUAUUGUUCCCUCUCCAUCUCCUGACUGCUUCCUGCCCCAGAAAAGGCCUGACUUGUUGGAGCUAAAAGUCUAUGAGUUGACUGAGCUGUGGUUUCUUGAGAUGUUGAGGCUUGGAGGGGAGAAUAGGAAAUUGUCCAUUUACCUGUUAUCCAGGUGACAUGUUUAUGCCCAUCUCCCUAGCUAUACCUCCUAGAUGUUUUCUUGGGAUCUGAAGCGAGUCUUAGACUGUGUCUCACUUGGAAAAACCAAAUAGCAACCACAUGCAUUUCAGUUUUGGAGCUCUUAUUGUGUUGCUGCAACUGCUUCAGUUGCUGGGGACUGCGAGGAGCUCUUCUGCCUCCGAGUCAGAUCUCCAACAGCACAGUAACCUUUGCCUGGCAAGCCUCUGUCUCUCUGCACCACUGUGCCUGUCUUAAGUGAUGCCUUCUUGCCUCCAAGGGAAAGAAGUUUGGAUCUCCACCAUAUAUCCCUUCCCUGGGGCAGCGGGCAGCAGAAGAGUUUCUGUGUCUGAGCAAGAUACUAUUUGUGUAGCGUUUAAGAAUUUUUAUACUUUUUAAAAAAUUGAAACUUGAUUGUGUUGACUCUCUUUGGGAAUUGUUCUUUUAACUGCCUUUUUAAAAAACAUUGGAAGGACUUUGAAUAAAACAGAAUAAAAAUUAAA